CUUCGGCUUGUUCUCCGCAGGUACGUCCCUUCUCAGGCUGAUAUAGCAGUCUUUGAAGCAAUCGCUGCCCCACCUCCUGCAGACUUGUUUCAUGCUCUUCGGUGGUACAAUCAUAUUAAGUCGUAUGAAAAGCAAAAGGCAAGCUUGCCAGGAGUAAAGAAGGCUUUGGGGAAAUAUGGUCCUGCUGAUGUUGAGGACACGACAGGUGCAGCCACAGAUAGCAAAGAUGAUGAUGACAUUGAUCUUUUUGGAUCUGAUGAUGAGGAGGAAAGUGAAGAAGCAAAGAAACUGAGGGAAGAACGUCUGGCCCAAUAUGAAUCAAAGAAGUCCAAAAAACCAGCUGUUGUUGCCAAGUCAUCAAUCUUGCUUGAUGUGAAACCUUGGGAUGAUGAGACAGACAUGGCCAAACUAGAGGAGUGUGUUCGAAGCAUUCAGGCAGAUGGCUUGGUCUGGGGAUCUUCCAAGCUAGUACCAGUUGGCUAUGGUAUCAAAAAGCUUCAGAUCCAGUGCGUUGUUGAAGAUGAUAAAGUUGGAACAGAUAUGCUGGAAGAGAGAAUAACAGCUUUUGAAGAUUAUGUACAAUCAAUGGAUGUAGCUGCUUUCAAUAAGAUUUAAGUCUUGGUAUAUCUAGAAUAAAUGCAAUUGCAAAAA